AUGCGUGGUUUAGAAGAUAGAGAUGAUGAAUACAAGACAAUGUUAAAUGAGAAGCUUCAAGUUACAGAUGGCAGUGGUUUGAUACAGGUGUAUAAAGCAAGGGGAAUUCGGUUGGAUUUUGGUGAUCUUGCUUAUCUUUCAUGUGAGAAAAGAAAGUUCUUUGAAACAAUUGGAAUGGAAUUUGGAGUUCCGAGGUUUGGAAAGACUGGAAUCACUGCUGCGUUCUCUAGCCAACCGAGAAGUUCACUUCGCCUAAAUCGGUUCAACAGGAACACCUUAAUCGGACCUAGGGCACGUAAAUUUGAGCAGUCUCCAAUGAUGUCAGUUGAGCCCACGGUCGUCGGCGAGGCGAAAUCAGCCACAGAAGUAACCUAA